AUGGUGGCUAACUCUUCCUCUUCCAUGCAGCAGCCACUGUGCCAUGAUAGUGAGAGCUCUGCCUUGCUUCAGUUCAAGCAAAGCUUUUCGAUUGAAAAGCAUGCUUCUUAUGAUGCUUCUGCUUAUCCAAAAGUUGCAAUGUGGAAAUCCCAUAGAGAUGGAGAAGGAAGUGACUGCUGCUCAUGGGAUGGUGUUGAGUGUGACAGGGAGACUGGUCAUGUGAUUGGCCUUCACCUUGCCAGCUGUUGUCUAUCUGGUUCUAUCAACUCCAGCAGCAGCCUCUUCAGUCUUGUUCAUCUUCAAAGGCUUGACCUGUCUGACAAUUAUUUCCAUCACUCUGAGAUCCCAAAUGGAAUUGGACAGCUUUCGAGGCUGAGAAGUCUCAACCUCUCUUUUUCUGGAUUCUCCGGCCGAAUCCCAUCGGAACUCUUAGCACUGUCCAAAUUGGUUUUCCUUGAUCUCUCAGAAAACACAAUGUUGCAGCUUCAAAAGCCUGGCUUGAGAAAUCUGGUUCAGAACUUAACCCACUUAAAGAAACUUCAUCUAUCUCAGUUACCAAGCAUACAGUAUCUUAGUGUGAGGUACAAUCCGGAUCUGAUUGGUUAUUUGCCUGAAUUUCAGGAAACCAGUCCCUUCAAAAUGUUGUAUCUUGCUGAUACAAGUUUUUCUGGUGAGUUACCAACUUCAAUUGGGAGGCUUGCUUCUUUGAUUGAAUUGGAUAUCAGCUCGUGCAAUUUCACAGGGAUUCCUCAAUGUCUGGCCAACUUCAGCAAAUAUUUGUCUGUACUAGAUCUGGGAAGCAACAGCCUUGAUGGCCCCAUUCCUCAAAUAUGCAGAGUGUCAAAUAAUUUGAGGGUGAUUGAUUUUGGUGAAAAUCAAUUCCAAGGCCAAAUAUCGAGAUCAUUGGCCAAUUGCACAAUGCUCGAGCACCUUGUUCUUGGAAACAACCAAAUCAAUGAUAUUUUUCCUUUUUGGUUAGGAGCUCUCCCACAACUACAGGUUCUUAUUUUGAGAUCCAACAGAUUCCAUGGUGCAAUAGGGCGCUGGCGCAACAAUUUCAGGUUUCCCAAGUUGCGUAUCAUCGACCUCUCUGACAAUGAGUUUAUAGGUGCUUUGCCAUCAGAGUAUUUCCAAAAUUGGGACGCCAUGAAACUUGCAGAUGCAAACCACCUUAAGUACAUGCAGGCCAACCCAAAGUUUGAAAUCCCAAGGUAUACGUGGAUUGCCAAUUACAUGUACUCAAUGACAAUGACAAACAAAGGCACGCAGAGGUUGUAUGAGAAAAUCCCUGAUAUUUUCAUAGCCAUUGAUUUCUCAGGCAACAAUUUCAAAGGACAGAUUCCAACCUCCAUUGGGAACCUCAAGGGGCUUCAUUUGCUCAACCUUGGCGGCAACAAUCUUACUGGUCAUAUCCCGUCCUCCUUGGGGAACCUAACACAACUGGAGUCAUUGGAUCUUUCCCUAAACAAGCUCUCAGGAGAGAUCCCUUUGCAACUAACAAGCAUAACAUUCCUUGAGUUUUUCAAUGUGUCUCAUAAUCAUCUUACAGGGCGUAUACCACAAGGAAAACAAUUUUCAACAUUUCAAAAUGCUUCCUUUGAUGGGAACCCCGGAUUGUGUGGAAGUCCUUUGUCAAGGGACUGUGGAAGUUCCGAGGCAUCACCACCAACACCUUCAUCCUCUAAACAAGGUUCAACAAGUGAAUUUGAUUGGAAAAUUGUAUUAAUGGGAUAUGGAAGUGGGCUAGUAAUUGGAGUUUCAAUUGGGUACUGCUUGACCUCAUGGAAACAUAAGUGGUUCGUGAAAACCUUUGGAAAACGGCAAAGAAAAUGGACAAGGAAAGAAAGAAGGGGGCACAGAGGCUGA